GCACAGGCUUGGGGUCUCCUCGGAGGAGGCCAACGUCGGACCGCACUGCUGAGGGGCGGGGGCGCCGUCGAGGCCCUCCCCUGGCCCCGCCUCCCGGUCUGCGCCUUUGGCGGCGGGCGGUUGUUGGUUUCGGGUUGUCAGGCAGCGCGGUGCGGGGGUGAGGCUGGGCCAUGCCCGCGGGCGCAGCCUGAGCCCUGCACACACCGGCAGCAUGAAGGACAGCGGGGACUCCAAGGACCUGCAGCUCACGGUGGCACUCCGGGUGCGGCCCAUCAGUGUAGCAGAGCUGGAGGAAGGAGCCACCCUCAUUGCCCAUAAAGUAGACGAGCAGAUGGUGGUGCUCAUGGACCCGAUGGAGGACCCAGAUGACAUCCUACGUGCGCAUCGCUCCCGCGAGAAGUCCUACCUAUUUGACGUGGCCUUUGACUUCACUGCCACCCAAGAGAUGGUGUAUCAGGCCACCACCAGGAGCCUCAUUGAAGGCGUCAUCUCAGGCUACAAUGCCACGGUUUUUGCCUAUGGCCCCACAGGCUGUGGGAAGACCUAUACCAUGUUGGGCACGGACCAUGAGCCUGGCAUCUACGUUCGGACCCUCAAUGACCUCUUCCGUGCUAUUGAGGAAACCAGCGAUGAUAUGGAAUACGAGGUGUCUAUGUCCUACUUAGAGAUCUACAAUGAGAUGAUCCGGGACCUGCUGAACCCAGCCCUGGGAUAUCUGGAGCUAAGAGAGGACUCCAAGGGGGUGAUCCAGGUGGCGGGAAUCACUGAGGUCUCCACCAUUAAUGCCAAAGAGAUCAUGCAGCUGUUGAUGAAGGGGAACCGGCAGAGGACACAGGAGCCCACGGCGGCCAACCAGACAUCCUCGCGCUCGCAUGCAGUGCUGCAGGUGGCCGUGCGCCAGCGCAGCCGGGUCAAGAACAUCCUGCAGGAGGUGCGGCAGGGUCGCCUCUUCAUGAUCGACCUGGCAGGCUCUGAGCGUGCGUCACAGACGCAGAACCGUGGGCAACGCAUGAAGGAGGGGGCACACAUCAACCGCUCCCUGCUGGCCCUGGGCAACUGCAUCAACGCGCUGAGUGACAAGAGCAGUAACAAGUACAUCAACUAUCGCGAUAGCAAGCUCACCAGGCUCCUGAAGGAUUCCCUGGGGGGCAACAGCCGCACGGUGAUGAUCGCCCACAUCAGUCCUGCCAGCAGCGCCUUUGAGGAGUCCCGGAACACCCUGACCUAUGCUGGCCGAGCCAAGAACAUCAAGACACGGGUGAAGCAGAACCUGCUCAACGUCUCCUACCACAUUGCCCAGUACACCAGCAUCAUCGCCGACCUGCGGGGCGAGAUCCAGAGGCUCAAGUGCAAGAUUGAUGCACGGGGUGGGCGGGGCCAAGCCCGGCCCAAGCUGGAGAGAGGUGACAUCCGCCAGAUCCAAGCGGAGGUCCAGCUGCACAGCGGGCAGGGUGAGCAAGCCGACAUGGGGCAGCUCCGGGCGCAGCUUCUCAGCGCUUUCCAGGAGCAGAUGGAGGUGCGGAGGCGCCUGCUGGAGCUUGAGAACCAGGCCAUGGAGCUGCAGAUAGACACGUCCCGCCACCUGCUCACCAUCGCCAGCUGGGAGCACGAGAAGUCACGCCGGGCCCUUAAAUGGCGGGAGGAGCAGCGGAAGGAGUCCUACACCAAGGAUGACAGUGAGAAGGACUCGGACACAGGUGAUGACCAGCUGGAAAUCCUGGAGCCACCCGAGGUGGCCUCGGCCCGGGAGAGCAUCACGGCCCUGGUGGAAGAGCAGAAGAAGCUGAGCAAACAGAAGCUGGCGCUGGAGCAGCGCUGCCGCGAGCUGCGCACCCGGGGCCGCCGCCUGGAGGAGACACUGCCCCGGCGCAUCGGCUCAGAGGAGCAGCGCGAGGUGCUCAGCCUGCUGUGCCGGGUGCACGAGCUGGAGGUGGAGAACACCGAGAUGCAGUCGCAUGCGCUGCUCCGCGAUGGUGCGCUCCGCCACCGCCGCGAGGCUGUGCGCCGCCUGGAGCAGCACCGCAGCCUCUGCGACGAGAUCAUCCAGGCCCAGCGGCAGAUCAUCGACGACUUCAACCUGGUGGUCCCCCAGCAUCUGGAGGAGCUGUACGACGUGUACUUGCGGGAGCUGGAGGAGGGCAGCCUGGAGCGGGUGACCAUCAUGGACCGGGUGGCCUCUAGGGCCCUGCAGGACAGCUCUUUGCCCAAAAUUAUGCCAGCAGUACACACACUGACUCCAGAGUCAGAUCCUGAGAGUGUGAAGGCGCCAAGUUCUGAGGUCCAGUGCCUGCAGGGCAGCAUCUUGCCCCCCCUCAGCUCAGAGAGUGAAGCCAACCUCGUGUUCAAAGCCAGCUCCCGGGCCUGGCAGGGGAAGAACUCCACUGUGCCCACCCCACCCCCCAUCCAGAUCGGUAACCUGGUGACCCUGGAGGCCCCAACUCAGGACAGCCUGGUCAGUCCCAGAAGCCGCAUCAACUCUUCCCCUGACAGCAGCGAGCAUCUGCUCGAGGUCCCCUUGUCCUGCAAAGAGAAAAAGGAGAUCCUGACCGGUAUCAAAUGCAUCUCGGUUAAGGCUGCCAGGAGGCGCUCCAGGGCCCUGGGUGCUGAAGGGUGCCACCUGCUGGCCCCCUCAAUGGAGCGCAGCAGCUUGUCCCUGCACUCGCUCAGCGAAGCUGAUGACUCGAGGCCACUGGGCCCACUGGCCUGCAAGCGGCCACCCAGCCCCACAUUACAGCACGCUGCCAGCGAGGACAACCUGUCUAGCAGCACAGGAGAGACCCCAUCCCGGGUGGUGGGGCAUCGAGGUGAUGGCUCUGGAUCCUGGCUUCGAGGCCAGAAGAAAAGCCCAGGCAGGAAACCAGAAGAGUCACUGGAGGUGAAGAGGAGGAAGCGGAGGUCCCGGUCCUUUGAGGUCACGGGACAAGGGAUCUCUCGCCCCAAGACACACCUCCUGGGACCCCGACCCAUGGAGAGCAGCUCGGACCACAGGUUGCCAGUAUGUGGGCACCCAGCCCCUGGUAUCCGGCAUCUGGGAAAGGUCACACUGCCUCUGGCCAAAGUUAAACUCCCUCCAAGCCAGAACAUGGGUCCUGGAGAUACCUCUCCUCUUGCUAUUCCCUCCAACCCAGCUGGUGCUUCCCGCCGGGCCAGCCGGGGGCCCCACCUGCCUCAUAGCACAGGCCCCCGUGGCAAAGAUGGACACUUCAGGCGUAACUGAGGGGCCCUGCCUGGAACUGGCUCGUUUUCUUCUGAGACUGAUGAGUGUGUAGCAGGAAGUAGGAGAUGGAAGUAGGGCAGAUGAGGCGGCCUGGGAGCAGGAGCUUGGGAGCUCAGGAGGCAGAGAUUCCUGAGAACCUAGAAGUGUGAGGGGCCCUGCCUGAUCCAGCUACGCUUUCUGUGCCAGCAGGAAAGGGAGGUGACCUGGGAGGUAUGGCCCAGAUGACAAGGCUUCUUGGCCUCCCAGCCCUGGACAGAACCCUGUUGCCAAAAUUAUGCAGAGACCUGUGGCCGGACUCGGCCUUGGGAAUGAGAGGAUGGGGAGCUGUGAGUGAGGCUCCCGGGCACACACCUGGGGCCAGGUGGCCCGGGUUGCGGAAGAGCAUCCUCGGCAUCCUGUGAUUGGGUGGGGGAGGGAAUCUGGUUUUGUUACUUGACAGUGCCCCCACCCCUAACAAUAAAUUCCUGUUUGGGUCUUGAUGGUUGCACUGG